AUGGCUCUUCUUUCCUUCUCUCCUGCCCGCAGGAUUGGUCUUGCGCUGGCCGUUGGCCUGGCUCUUUUUGCCAGUUUGGCCGCUGCCCGCGAGCUGUCAGUUGGCGAGCUGUCCGUCAGCCAGAUUGAGGAUGAAUUGCAAAGCUGCCCCCUCGUGGAGUCCCUCAACGAGCAUAAGCGCGCAACCAGCCCCCAAACCACAAGCUUGACAUCCAAGAUCUUCUCAAUUCUCUUCCCCGGAAGCCCCGCGGUGAACUCCCUUCUUGCAACUGUCUAUAUAUCCGGCCCACCAAACUUCCUCCUAGCCCUAUGUCCCCCGAAUAUCGACCCCUCAUCGCUCUCCGUUAUGGUCGCUUUCGCUGUCGGAGGCCUCCUGGGUGAUACGCUCUUCCAUUUACUUCCAGAAAUCUUUCUCGGCGAGGACUCACCCGACCAUGUCCGUUUCGUCAUGGUCGAGCCAAACCGCAACCUCCUCCUCGGUCUGGGCAUCAUGGUUGGGUUCUUCACGUUCGUCGCGAUGGAUAAGACCCUUCGCAUUGCCACAGGCGGAGAAGGACACGACCACUCGCACUCGCAUUCUCACUCUCACACCAACACCGAAACCGCCGUGACAUCCGGAGCAAGCACCUUCUCAAACGCUGACCUCAAAAAGCGCAAAUCCGCCAAAGACGACGGCUCAACAACCACCAUCACCACAACCACUACAACAGAAGAAGAGAAGGAAAUCAACCCCAGCGUCAAACUCGGCGGCUACCUCAACCUCAUCGCGGACUUUACCCACAACAUAACCGACGGCCUCGCCAUGUCCUCCUCCUUCUACGCCUCCCCCACAAUCGGCGCAACCACAACCGUCGCCGUCUUCUUCCACGAAAUCCCGCACGAAGUCGGCGAUUUCGCGCUGCUCAUCCAGUCCGGCUUCUCGAAGCGCAAGGCCAUGGGCGCGCAAUUCGUUACAGCCAUCGGUGCGUUCCUGGGAACACUCAUCGGCAUUGCUGUCCAAGAACUCGGCGGUUCUGGCUCUUCGGCUGCCAAUGACCCGGACACGCCAUUCGUCGGCCUUCUUGGGACGAGCCUCUCGUGGGGAGACAUGCUUCUCCCGUUCACGGCGGGCACGUUCUUGUACGUCGGGACCGUCUCGGUGAUUCCCGAGCUGUUGGAGACGGGCAAGAACAAGAGCGUUGAGAUCCGAAAGACCCUUGUGCAGUUUUUGGCUGUUGCUGUUGGAGCGGGUAUUAUGCUUGCGAUCUCUUGGCAUUAA